AUGCCAGGCACACUCCAAACCCCCCAACCCAAUGCCUUCCCCCCCGGUCGCCGCGGAGUCUACCUCCUUACGCACCCCCGCUCAGCAUCCAAUCUCUUCCAAACCAUGAUGUCCAAGCAGCCCGGCUACCAGAACUCUGGCUACAAGCUCUUCGACGGCGGCUUUGCUACGCUGAUGAAUCUUGAGAAAGGACCGCUGAGCGAAUGGCCUGAGGAGGAGAGAAACGGGUUGUAUGAGACGUUCAAAACGGCGUUUGGCAGCUUGGAGGACGAGUUGGACGAUUGCGCGAAGAAUUGCGGGUUGGAUCCGGAGGCUGUGCUGUAUGAGUGGGAGGAGAAGAAAAUUGAGGAUAAUCCGCUCAUGGCCCGGUUUCUGAGCACGAUUAAUGCGAGUAAGGGGAUUAAGAAGGGGUAUGAAGCGAAAGGUUUAACGAUGGAGGUGGAGAGGAAGAAGUGGGUGGAAGAGUGGAAUGAGGAGUUUGCGGCGGAUUUGGAGGAUUUUGUGAGCAAGGCGAUGGGGGAUUAUGAGUUUCUUUGGGAGAGGAGGGUUACUGGAGAGAGUCUAGAGACAAAGUGA